CGAACAUUUUUCCAACAUUGGCCCUAAAAUUCCUCCAAAAUGCAGCGCUCUAUCCAGAGCCCUGGGCCUCUGACCCCAUCCCACAUACCUUUGCCGAAAUAUUCCCUAAAUAGAAGCCUUACCUCUAAUCUCAACGGAAGCCAACAUGAAUACAUGAAUGGUGACAACAAUAAUACAGAGGCUUCCAGGUGGAAAUAUAAAUAUGAAGAAGCAGAAAAGGCUAGGAAGCUGUUGAUCACAAAAGCAGAAAGAUUUGCCAGAUCCUUAGCAGACCUGGAGAGGAAACAUCAGCAAUUAUCAGACGAAUUCACAUUAACUAAACACGAGCUGAGGGAUAAGGAUGCCCAAUUGAACUCUUUAAGGACUGUUUCUGAAAAAGUUUACAAGGAAUACGAAACACUCAAGAAUCAAUAUGAUGUUGAGACCGGAGCAAUGCAUAAAGCUAUGCAACAUGCAGGAGAAUGGUAUAAACAGAAUCGUCAGUUGAAAAGACAAAGUGCAGUCCUAGUCCAGAAAUAUCUCCAAAUCAAACCAAAUGGAUCCCUAGAUAUAGACAUAGAUGGUUCUACAGAUACAACAGAUGGUCAUGACGAUUUGGAAGCUUUGAGGAAAACAGUGACUGAUAUGAGUUUAGAAAUAGCAACUUUACAAACUGAACUAAAUAAUGCAAAACUUCAGGAGUUUGAAGCAACUGAACAGUGUGUUAAUUUAACACAGGAAUUAGAACAAGAAAAGAAAUUAAGAGCUCAAUGUAACAUCGAAUUGGAAAGUUUAAGGCAAUCCAGAGAUCAUUUGCAAAAAGAACGUGAGCAAGCUGAAACUAUGAUAGACGAAGCCAAAAAAGCAAUCAGGGAAAGAGAUGUUUUAGCAAGACAAAGUGCUUUGCUCAUACAAGAUUAUAAACAUGAUGGAGAAGAAGGCAGGAUACUUAAAUUAUUGCAGGAGCUGACCAUUUCUACAAUGGGCGAUGACGCUGUGAAUGGUUUCAUCUGUGAUUUCAUGCUGUUUGCAUGUGAAAAUCACACUAUUUCCAGAAGGAACUUUGUAUGCACCUUCGUGAUUUUCCAAAAAGCUAUGCAACAUGCAGGAGAAUGGUAUAAACAGAAUCGUCAGUUGAAAAGACAAAGUGCAGUCCUAGUCCAGAAAUAUCUCCAAAUCAAACCAAAUGGAUCCCUAGAUAUAGACAUAGAUGGUUCAACGGAUACAACAGAUGGUCACGACGAUUUGGAAGCCUUGAGGAAAACAGUGACUGAUAUGAGUUUAGAAAUUGCAACUUUACAAACUGAACUAAACAAUGCAAAACUUCAGGAGUUUGAAGCAACUGAACAGUGUGUUAAUUUAACACAGGAAUUAGAACAAGAAAAGAAAUUAAGAGCUCAAUGUAACAUCGAAUUGGAAAGUUUAAGACAAUCAAGAGAUCAUUUUGCAAAAGUUUCAAAAUUAGUCGCAGAUGAAGUAAGCGUUUUGCGUAAAAAUGCCGAAAAAGAACGUGAGCAAGCUGAAACUAUGAUAGACGAAGCCAAAAAAGCAAUCAGAGAAAGAGAUGUUUUAGAAAGACAAAGUGCUUUGCUCAUCCAGGAUUAUAAACAUGAUGGAGAAGAAGGCAGGAUACUUAAAUUAUUGCAGGAGGUUGGUGAGCUCAAAACAAUGCUCGAAAUGGAACGAAAUGACCAUCAAAGUCAAGUAGCAGAUUUGCUGGAAAAAUUGGAGGACAAAAGUAUAGACCCCCAAAUCGAAGUGUUAGAAGCCAAACUAAAAAUAACCGAACACGAACUAAACGUCGCCAUAGAACGUGCUGAACGUGCUGAAACCGAAUUACAAAACACUCUUUCCGAAAACAACGCAAGUAUGCAGACGGAUAAUGAUGUUUUCGGAAAUGGCGAAGAGGAAGUUGUUAUGAGAAGGAAAAUGACAAACGGAAAUCAAAUAGUCAUGCCUCCUCCACCACCGCCGCCACCGGUGCCGAAUUUGAAUCUUGGCGCCAAUAAAACGGAAAUCAAAAUCAAGACGCAGGCAAGCGCGGUUGCGGAAAUGGCUGCCAUGCUGGAUAUCAAACCAGUAAACGAUACUCCGGCAAAAACAAAAAAUGAUAAUGGAGGAAUUAUAGAUGCCAUCGUGGAUCAAAUAAAAGGCGGUAGAUUUAGACUGAAAUCAACCGAUGUGCAAAAUAAGACAAAAACCAAAAAAGAAGAACCUGCUGCCGUUAAAGAAAUGUUAAACAUUUUGGGAACAUUGAGGAGGACCAGGGGGAAGAGGUCAAGUAUGAAUACAGGAAUGCGCUAAUUAAUGAACAAAUAUUUUUAGAAUAUAUUAUAUCCCUAAUUCUACGGAACAGAAUAAAUCUGUAAUUAUCUGCUUAAUUAUAAAUUAUGUAUAGCCAUUUGUUGGUGAUAAAACAAUGCAACUAAUUUUCU